AAGAUUUGAUUGAAGAUUGGAAAUGCUCAGACGGCGCUAAAGGUAAACGACCCAAUUUUUCUCCCCCUCUCGAUGAACUCUCCCACUUGUCAAACCAAAGCAGUUGCAACCACUGUUUAGCUUAGCUAUUCUAUUCUCUGGUCUAUCUGUCUAUCGACAACCCCGUGCGAAGCCGUUAUCGCCACUCACUCCUUCUCGCUGCUUUACGAAGAAACUCAAUCACAAUCGGAAAUGCAAAUGCACGCCUUCUCGGUCUGCUUAGACUGGCUCUUCCCCCCUCCACAUGCCCUUCCUUGUCCCCAACUGCAAUUGCUGUUUCCCCAAGCAGCUAGUUCCAGUAUUAGCUCCAUCAUUCCUCCGUCAUUUUCAUCCCUUCCAACCACAAGAAUCAUAAACUUGAGAUCCUUAGUAGCAAGAAAGCCUAUUGCACCAUCUUCCCAACCCUUCCAUGCAAAUUCUUCGAAAAUAGAGUCCACCACUUUAUUUGGCAACAACGAGGAUGCUUCAGAUGAUGUUGAUGUUGGUGGUGAUGACAAUAGAGAGGAGGAUGACUCUGAUCUCUCCGGAGGCAUGGGGUUACUCUCCGUUGACAGAAGCAGCGGCGAUGACGACAUUGAGAUUGAGAUAGAAGAGAUUAGGAAGAACUCUCGCAGAAUUCGAUCUCGGAUUCCUAUAGAUGCGAGCCUUCAAACUGUAUGGAAUAUCUUGACGGAAUACGAGAAGUUAGCCGACUACAUCCCUGGUCUCGCCGUCAGCCAAGUGCUUGAAAGGAGAGGCAAUUUUGUCCGUCUUUUCCAGAUUGGACAGCAGAACUUGGCGUUUGGGCUCAUUUUCAAUGCUAAAGGAACUAUUGAUUGCUACGAAAAGCCACUCGAGAAUCUUCCUUCUGGUCAUAGACGUGAGAUUGAAUUUAAGAUGAUUGAAGGAGACUUUAAGCUCUUUGAGGGAAAAUGGUCUAUCGAACAGUACAGCAUAGAGAGAUGUGAAGAUGGGGAUUCCUCUGAAGGCCAAGAAUCUCACACGACUCUUUCAUAUGUUGUUGAUGUGGAGCCAAAGCUGUGGUUGCCAGUACGUCUUGUUGAAGGCAGACUGUGCAGAGAGAUAACAGUGAAUCUUUCAUGCAUUCGAGUGGAAGCACAAAAGUGGGUUCUCUCUCCAAAGUUCUUCAAUUUUCUGCUUCGUAAAGCACUGAGUCACUGACCAUGAUUCAUAUGGGAUUUUCUGGAGCAGUAGGAUUCUUUUGUUUGCAUUGUCAAGACUGCGAACAUUGUAGCGGACAAGUUAUUAUCCAUCCAAGCGAUUACAUGAUGAAGGCAUAGCUUAAUCCUCACGUUCCCUGAGCCGCUUUUCAUCCGAGAGCAUCUGGGCAAAGUAGUUGAGAGCUUCUGCAUUACUACCUCCAUUCUUAAUUGCCACAAAUCUUCCCGUGUCCAAAUCCACCCUCGACACCGGCUUCUCCAACAGCUCUUCCCCGAUUUGCACAAGCCUCUUCAAGUUCUCCUCGGUUGCGACAUCAACCGGCGACGUAUCACCGGUCAAUGCGUCAUCCUGAAUGCGAAGGUAAUUAUGUUCGCACCGAAGGGAUUGGAAGAGGGUGGAAAUGUGAAUGUCAACCAUGUCGGCGCUUGCAUGACCGUAGACAUCGAGCAAUGGCGUGGCUCCGUUGUCCAUUACCCAGUUGAGUUGGCCCCAUUUUGAAGCAAUGGCUGCGUUGUACUUUUCUUCUUGCUUGGCUGUCCCAGUGCCCAAGGAUAAGACUAACAUCCUGUCGGUCUCCAUGGGUUUGACGUUGUUAAACUUGAAUCUGCCCAUAAAUAUUUGCUUGGAAAUGUGGGUCAUGGCCAAUAGAGUCUGUAGGUCACAUGUCACCAUUGGUUGGCUGGUUAGUUUCUAGUACGAGAUAAAACAAGGUCUAGAAAAGGUAGAAAAGAAUGAAAUAACAAGAGAAAACAAACAGCAUAUGUAAAUAUUCACUACUCACGGGAUUAUUUGCUGCAACCCCGCCAUCGAUAAGAUUGAAAGUGCGUGUAUUUCCAUCCUUAUCUUUGGUGUCAAAGUAAUGUGCUGGAAAAUAUGUUGGAGCUGCUGAAGUGCCGAUGCAAAUAUCUGAUAGAAGUGCAUUCUUCGAUACGUGUUCUUUUCC